GGGGAGGGGGCGGAGAGCCGGAGCCGGGGCGGGGUGGGGGGAGGGGCCGCGGGAACGGAUGGCGGCCUGGGCGCCGUAGCAGCGGCGGCUCUACGGCCCGGGGCCCGGGCGGGCGGAGGUGGCGGCUCCCGGGACCGGCCGCGCGCAAUGAUGUUGUCCACUGGGCAUGUACUGACCAAUGUGGCAGGUCUGAGAACAUAGCUGAAGCUGAAAAUAGGAAAGCUGGGGGCAAGGAAGAGCCUUGAAUCUUGAGGUGGGACGUUGACUCUAAGAUGUCCUUGAGCAGUGGAGCCUCCGGAGGGAAAGGAGUGGAUGCAAACCCGGUUGAGACAUACGACAGUGGGGAUGAAUGGGACAUUGGAGUAGGGAAUCUCAUCAUUGACCUGGACGCCGAUCUGGAAAAGGACCAGCAGAAACUGGAAAUGUCAGGCUCAAAGGAGGUGGGGAUACCAGCUCCCAAUGCUGUGGCCACACUACCAGACAACAUCAAGUUUGUGACCCCAGUGCCAGGUCCUCAAGGGAAGGAAGGCAAAUCAAAAUCCAAAAGGAAUAAGAGUGGCAAAGACACUAACAAACCCACUCCAGGGACUUCCUUGUUCACUCCAAGUGAGGGGGCAGCUAGCAAGAAAGAGGUGCAGGGGCGCUCAGCAGAUGGUGCCAAUGCAGGAGGUCUGGUUGCUGCUAUUGCUCCCAAGGGCUCAGAGAAGGCGACUAAGGCGUCCCGCAGUGUAGCCGGCUCCAAAAAGGAGAAGGAGAACAGUUCGUCUAAGAGCAAGAAGGAGAGAAGCGAAGGAGUGGGGACUUGUUCAGAAAAGGAUCCUGGGGUCCUCCAGCCAGUUUCCUUAGGAGGACGGGGUGGUCAGUAUGAUGGAAGUGCAGGGGUGGAUACAGGAGCUGUGGAGCCACUUGGGAGUAUAGCUAUUGAGCCUGGGGCAGCGCUCAAUCCUUUGGGAGCUAAACCGGAGCCAGAGGAAGGGGAGAAUGAGUGUCGCCCGCUAAAGAAAGUCAAGUCUGAAAAGAUGGAGUCCCCUGUCUCCACACCAGCGGUGCUACCACUACACCUUUUGGUGCCAGUGGUCAAUAAUGACAUCUCAUCUCCCUGUGAGCAGAUCAUGGUUCGUACCCGAUCAGUUGGAGUCAACACAUGUGAUGUGGCUCUAGCCACAGAACCUGAGUGCUUGGGCCCCUGUGAGCCUGGCACCAGUGUCAACCUUGAAGGCAUCGUGUGGCAGGAAACAGAAGAUGGGAUGUUGGUGGUAAAUGUGACAUGGAGGAACAAGACCUAUGUAGGUACCCUUCUUGACUGCACACGGCAUGACUGGGCGCCCCCAAGGUUCUGUGACUCCCCCACCAGUGACUUGGAAAUGCGCAAUGGGCGGGGUCGAGGCAAACGCAUGCGUCCCAACAGUAACACACCUGUCAAUGAGACAGCCGCUGCUUCUGACAGCAAAGGGACUAGCAGCAGCAGCAAAACCCGAGCGGGAGCCAACAGCAAAGGCCGUCGGGGCAGCCAGAAUUCGUCAGAGCAUCGCCCACCUGCCAGCAGCACUUCGGAGGAUGUCAAGGCCAGCCCUUCCUCGGCUAAUAAGCGAAAAAACAAGCCCCUCUCAGACAUGGAGCUGAAUUCCAGCUCAGAGGACUCCAAAGGGAGCAAGCGUGUCCGGACGAAUUCCAUGGGCUCAGCCACUGGCCCCCUCCCUGGGACCAAGGUAGAACCCACUGUUGUGGACAGAAAUUGUCCCUCCCCGGUCCUGAUUGACUGUCCCCACCCAAACUGCAACAAGAAGUACAAGCACAUCAAUGGGCUUAAGUACCACCAAGCUCAUGCCCACACGGAUGAUGACAGCAAGCCGGAAGCAGACGGGGACAGUGAGUAUGGGGAGGAGCCCAGCCUCCACGCAGACCUCGCCGGCUGCAAUGGCGCAGCGCUGUCACAAAAAGGUUCCCUGUCCCCUGCCCGCUCAGCUACCCCCAAAGUUCGGCUCGUAGAGCCCCAUAGUCCUUCUCCUUCAAGCAAAUUCAGCACAAAAGGCCUCUGUAAGAAAAAGUUGAGUGGGGAAGGGGACACAGACCUCGGGGCCUUAUCCAAUGACGGCUCUGAUGACGGGCCCUCGGUCAUGGAUGAAACAAGCAAUGAUGCCUUUGACUCUUUGGAAAGGAAGUGUGUAGAAAAAGAAAAAUGCAAAAAACCGUCUGGUUUGAAACCUGAAAAGAUUCCUUCCAAGAGCUUGAAGUCCGCCCGGCCCAUUGCCCCUGCCAUCGCCCCACAGCAGAUGUACACCUUGCAGACGGCUGCCUUCACUGCAGCCAACCCAGGCCCCUCCGCGGGCCUCACCGCCACCGUGGUCCAGGCCGUGCCCAGCAGUCCCCAGCUCAAGCCCAUUCAGCCCAAGCCCACGGUCAUGGGAGAACCGUUCACGGUCAACCCUGCCUUGACUCCAGCCAAGGACAAGAAGAAGAAAGACAAAAAAAAGAAGGAGUCUUCAAAGGAACUGGAAAGUCCCCUGACUCCGGGGAAGGUGUGUCGCGCAGAGGACGGCAAGAGCCCCUUCAGGGAAUCGUCGGCAGAUGGGAUGAAAAUGGAGGGGCUCCUCAAUGGCUCGUCAGACCCCCACCAGAGCCGCCUCGCUAGCAUCAAGGCUGAGGCUGACAAGAUCUACAGCUUCACGGACAAUGCCCCCAGCCCUUCCAUCGGAGGCGGCAGCCGCCUCGAUAGCACUACCCCCACCCAGCCCCUGACUCCCUUACACGUGGUGACGCAGAACGGAGCCGAAGGCAGCUCCGUCAAGACCAACAGCCCUGCCUACUCCGACAUCUCUGACGCUGGGGAGGACGGGGAGGGCAAGGUGGACAGCGUCAAGUCGAAGGACUCUGAGCAGCUGGUUAAGGAAGGGGCUAAGAAGACGCUGUUCCCCCCCCAAGCUCAGAGCAAAGAGUCGCCGUACUACCAAGGCUUCGAGAGCUACUACUCUCCAAGCUACGCGCAGUCCAGCCCAGGGGCCCUGAACCCCGGCAGCCAGGCAGGAGUGGAGAGCCAGGCCCUGAAGACAAAAAAGGAUGACGAGCCCGAGAGUCUGGAGGGGAAGGCGAAGAGCGACGGCUGCGAGGAGAAGAAGCCCGAGCUGAGCAGCUCCAGCCAGCAGCCCUCGGUCAUCCAGCAGCGGCCCAGCAUGUACAUGCAGUCCCUGUACUACAACCAGUACGCCUACGUGCCGCCCUACGGCUACAGCGACCAGAGCUACCACACCCACCUGCUGAGCACCAACACGGCCUACCGGCAGCAGUACGAAGAGCAGCAGAAGCGGCAGAGCCUGGAGCAGCAGCCGCGGGGACUGGACAAGAAGGCAGAGUUGGGCCUGAAGGAGCGGGAGGCGGCCCUCAAGGAGGAGUGGAAGCAGAAGCCGUCGGUUCCCCCGACUCUCACCAAGGCCCCCAGCCUGACAGACCUGGUGAAGGCGGGGCCCGGCAAGGCCAAGGAGCCCGGGGCGGACCCUGCCAAGUCGGUCAUCAUCCCCAAGCUCGACGACUCCUCCAAGCUCCCCGGCCAGGCCCCGGAGGGCCUUAAAGCGAAGCUGAGUGAGGCCGGCCACCUAGGCAAGGAGGCCACCGAGGCUAAGACAGGUGCCGAGUGUGGCCGGCAGGCAGAGGUGGAUCCGAUACUCUGGUACCGACAGGAGGCAGAGCCCCGGAUGUGGACAUAUGUUUAUCCUGCCAAGUACUCCGACAUCAAGUCAGAGGAUGAACGGUGGAAGGAGGAGCGGGAUCGCAAAUUGAAGGAGGAAAGGAGUCGGAGUAAGGACUCUGUCCCCAAGGAGGAUGGGAAGGAAAGCACAAGUAGUGACUGCAAGCUGCCCACGACUGAGGAGUCCCGCCUUGGGAGCAAGGAGCCCCGGCCAAGUGUCCAUGUGCCUGUGUCCUCCCCCCUCACCCAGCACCAGUCCUACAUUCCCUACAUGCACGGCUACUCCUACAGCCAGUCCUAUGACCCCAACCACCCCAGCUACCGGGGCAUGCCUGCUGUGAUGAUGCAGAACUACCCAGGUUCCUACUUGCCUUCCAGCUACUCUUUCUCCCCGUAUGGCAGCAAGGUCUCAGGUGGCGAAGACGCUGACAAGGCGCGAGCCAGCCCCAGUGUCAGCUGUAAAGCCAGCUCUGAGUCCAAAGCCCUGGACAUCUUGCAGCAACACGCCAGUCACUACAAGAGCAAGUCUCCCACGAUAAGUGAUAAAGCUUCUCAGGAGAGAGAUCGGGGAGGCUGCGGGGUAGUUGGGGGUGGUGGCAGCUGUAGCAGCGUCGGGGGAGCAGGCGGGGGUGAACGCAGCGUCGACCGGCCCCGCACUUCUCCUUCCCAGCGCCUGAUGUCCACACACCACCACCACCACCACUUGGGGUACUCACUGCUCCCAGCACAGUACAACCUACCCUAUGCAGCAGCAGGGCUCUCUUCUACCGCCAUUGUUGCCAGCCAGCAAGGCUCAACCCCCUCGCUCUACCCACCCCCCAGGAGGUGAGAAUGAACACCAAGUGCCCGGAUAAAGUCAGCUUCACGGGCCCGGACUGGCUCACACAAGGAGGUGCUGGAGGUGCCAUUUAGACAUCAGUUAAAUGGUGUUGAUCAUCCUGUUUGCCGUUUCCACUGCGACCGAAGGCAGGCCCUUGGCUGUCUCGCCUCUACCAGACCCUUGGACUCCCCGACCCUCCCUCUUCCUCAGGAGCUGGCAAGCUGGUACUUAGCGAAAUAUUUAUUCUCUCGGCCACAGUCAAGACUGUUGUGGCCUCUGUGGAGAUGAAGGCAUGGGGAGUAGCCAGGGGAAUAUGGCCUCAGCCCAGAGGAGUCACUGCUCUGUUCCCCAAAGCCAGGUCUGCUGCCAUGGCAGUGCCGCCCUCCCCCGCCCCCAGGAGGGACCUCCAGGUACUGCGUAAUGCUGAAGACAGCACAGCAGCCAUACCCCUCUCACCGUCGUCACCACCACCAGACCCUGCAUCUCCCCAGUGGUCUGGGCCCUGGGCAUUGGCAGCACGUGGAGGAAUUAGAAUCUCAGGAAAGAAACCGGGGGUUGUUUUCCCUAUUGUGAAAACAAGGUCUUCAAACACGGAGACUUCUCCCUCUUACAUGAGCACAUGUAAACGCUCAGAGCCCAGCCUGGGAAGGAAGACCAAGGCGUUUGUCCCACCACGGCCUUGAGCUCCCUGCCAGGCAGAGGGCAGGGGUCCAUCACCAGCACAGGGCUCUCCAGGGAUUCUGGGAGUACGCCGGGCUGGAACAUGGAGUCUGUGAAGUAGAAGCUGCAUCCCCCUACGAAGUCCUGCUGCUUCUUUCCCCAACUCCUCGCCCUGUUCUCUUCCCUCCUAACCCCUUGGAGCCUUUCCCAGGGGACCCCCACACUGCCCUCCCCGCUUCUUUUCCAUUGCUUGGCCCUUAAGACUCAGGCAGGUCACGUGGUCUUUUCCCCAGCACUGGGGACCCUCAGAGUUUGCCGGGUCACCUGAGGGCAAGGCCCCAGCAGUGUCCACUUGACCAUCUGAGUGUCUUCCUCACUUAGGGCCACAGACGCAGAGAAUCCAGUUCCUGUCUGCAAACACGCGAUUUUAUAUAGCCCAAUCGAUAACCCCCAUGUGUGCCAAUAGAAGCCGUGUUCGUGACACACAUUUUUGUUUUAGGGGCCACGGCCAUGGGAGGUUAUUUAUUCCUUAGACCUGGGAAAACCACCUAGAAGCGUUACUCAUCGAGUGCACAGCGCGCUCAGCGGAUCUGUGCCCCGCGGCGGCGGACGGGCCUGCGGGUCUGCGGGCCUGCGGGCUGCGGGUCUGGCCCACCGUGGAGGUGCAGCUGCCGCCCGCCCGAGCUUGCUGCUCCGUGCUGGGAGAGUGCUGGUUCGGAAGCUUUCCUGGAGUCACUUCCUCCCCAGGGCGUGGGGAGCUUUCGCUCCUACUCUGCUUUUGAGGUGUCAGCCCUUCCCUCUCCUCCCCUCCCGUCUUUCCUGGACCCUCUGGGUUGAGACAGAGCUCACGAGUGACAGACACCAGCUAGGCUAAACAAGAGCGUUUAUGUCCAGAGUGCCAAAGCGGCUAAGAGAAGGAACUUGGCUCUGAUUCACUCUGGAGCGGGGCAGGCGGGGGACAGUAAGCACAAUGCCCAGUAGGGGGCGGUCUCUAUGAACCUAAAGCCCUAUCAGAGACCGACUUAGGGACGUUUUUCCAAGGGGAACCCCUCCGACCCAUGGCCCUUCCUAUAGGUUUCCAUUCAAGUUGGGUUCUGAGUCCUCCCAAAGAACCCAUUGUUUUAGACCUCGCGACAGCCCCCAGGAAGCUUCCGUCACACGUCGCCCCUCUGCCUGCUGCCCGUGAGCAGCAACUUUCGCCCCUCACUUCCCCUCUCCUGAGGCAGCCCUGCCAAGAGGGAAACUGAAUUUCAGCCCGAUUUGCCCUCCCAGGCUCCUGUGGGGCGGAGGCAAGGCCCGUCUACGUUCCUGUUUGUUUUAAAUACUGUCGUGUGUUCUGUACUACCUGUGGCACUGGCCUGCAGCGUGCUCUGUACAUAUUGUAAAGAAACUGUCGGGAGUGAUCCUCUGUCUCCCUGGGCAGGCGCGGCCCCACCUCCCCGCCCUUUCCGCUUUGUUCUCUGGAGAGGAGGAGCUUCUGUAUUCGCAGGGCAGCCUUGGGUUCUGCGGAAGGGAACCGCUUUUCUUUUCCCUUAAAAACAUUUGGCUCUUUGAUCCUUACACCCAAGCCCCCCUUGAGGAGUCAGAGAUGCCCAGCAGAGCAGGCAAAAGUGCCCGUGGCCCAGCGGCGGUCCUUUCCCAGGGACCCCCACCUGGAUCCCUUCACUGUUUCCGGGAGGGGCCCGGCUUCCCUCUGUGAAAUGACAGGAAAGCAGCGACAGCAACCUGAGGGUCCUUGACAGUGCCGAGUCCACCCCAGGCUCUGCUCCACAUGGGGAGGGGACACUUAGGUGCGGGCGACCUCUGGCACCCACCAUCAGAGGGAUGUGACACUCAGCAGGGAUCCCCGCCCCACAAGCCACGUCUGCACAGGUUUGCUGCUAAGGGCCCAGACCCAGCCUCUCUCUCAGCCACACCUGCUGCUCCUUGGGCUCCCCAUGGAAAAGAAGCGAAAGGGACGUGCGCCUCCUCCCCAGGGAGGCUAGCCAAGGCCUGGAUCGCGCCUCUUCGGGAUUCACGGCGACUUUGCCCUCAUUGAAGGUGUGCCAGUUCCCUGCGUCCCCUUCCUCUCCCUUGUACAUGUGAAUGUACGUGGACGAGAUGUCCUUCUUACCCCCUUCUCUCCACACAUCUCAAGGUCAAAAGAAACACACAAAAGGCUGAGGUCACCCCGUGAAAUCAAAUGGUGAUUUCCUGAGUCUCUUCUCUGCAGGCUCCGAAGCAGGGGUGGGAGGACUUAGCUUCGGGAGUUAGGAGAUAAGACUGCAGAAGGGCUAGAGAAUUCUUGUACGUGGCUUUGAGGCCACCCCUGUCACUUACUAACCCACAUAACCUAGUCACCACCCAGAUGUCUACUCUGAUGCCCCAAGAUUUAACUGGGCAGCUAGUCGGCCUCGUAAUUCUGGGCCUUCGUCAUUUGUUUUAUUACCAGGGCAUCCCAGGAAGCUCCCCAGUGAUCCCCUGCCAUGGGCCCCUCCUGGGAUCAAGCCCCUCCCAGGCCCUGUCCCCAGCCCCUCCUGCCCCAGCCCCCCCGCUUGCCUUGGUGCUCAGCCCUCCCACUGGGAGCAGGUUGGGGCGAGCUGGAGGCCCGGGCUGGAGGGGCAGUGUUGUUGUUCAUAGCUUUUGUUCCAUUGGUGUUGCUCUGUUGGAUUUAAUUUCAGUCUUCCUGAUUCUUCCCUUCUGUAAAGUGUACAUUACCAAGUUCCUUGUUUUUUAUAUAUAUAUAUAAAUAUAUAUAUAUACAAACUGUACUCUUUUUGCCUUUGUACAUUCAGGCAAGAAGAGAAAAUAAAUCUUUUUAAGAGACAAUCAAAAAUCUGUGAGGGCUGCUGGUUAUUUCUCCUGGGGUUUGCUGCUGAGCUGCCGCCUCCCGUCCCCACCUGUCCUCUCCCUAAGCCCCUGCUCCUGCCCCUGCUCCACGUGCGUCCUCAGCUUCUUCCCUGGCUGACAGCAAGUCGUUGAACCGGCGUCCGGACUGCCUGCCCGCAGCCCUUUCCUGCCCAUCACUGUUCGCUGGCUCAGUCCGGGAGCUCUGUCCUGCGCCCCAGCCUGCCUUCCCCUCACCUCUAGAUCCCAUUCACCGAAGUGGCUUAGGACCCCUGGGAACCCUGACCCAUCGUCCAGAGGCCCUGCUUUGGACACGAGCCUGUGUAACUAUGCAGCUGGGAGCUCUCUGCCCAAGAGUUUGCACUACUUAGACCUGCCUGGUGUUCAGGAUGGAUGGCUUUUAGGAAACUACCCCCACACUCCUCCCCCGCCCUUACAUCCAGCCUACAGAGUGCCUGAUCCAGAGCCCAGCGGCUCGCUCACUGGCUCAUUCAGGGCCGGUGGACUGCUACAGUUACCCCUCAGAACCAGGGCUAAGGGCGGAUGGGUCAAGCGCGUCUGCUCAAACUCCAAAGGGUGAUGCGUCCGAAACAGCCCCACCAUUGUCGGGCCGCUUCCUCUUCCCGCCCCUUCCUCCUCCUCCGUCCUCUUCUCACCACUCCCUCUUCUUAACUGGCUUUGGAAUUGAAAUAUAUUUUUAAAUUAUUUGUUGUAUUUAUUGAAUAAAGUUUUUAAUGUCCCUGUUCUUAAA